UUUCAUUGCCAACACUGAAGAGAUCUAAGUCACUACUGGCUAGGGAACCAUAAAACGAGGAAUUAGCUUUGACCGAGCACCCAUUCUGUGCCCACCGUUCGUGCCCAUUCUACCACUUAAUGCUGCUUAUGUCCUGUGUGCUAGCUAUUAUUAACAUCAUUUAAAGACAACACAAAACCAGUGAGGCUGAGAGAACGGCUUCCCUGGUGCACACAGAUGGCACACGGCAGAGCCCAAGACCUCUCCCUGAGCUCUGCAGCAUCUGUCCACACGGCAGGCAAAUUACCUUACAGAGUCAGCGUGGAGGUUUGCUAACCCUGCCGGACUCGGUGCAGGAAAAACACCAGCCGUGCUGUUAAACCAAAACCCCAUGAGAAAACUUUCUGGUGACAGAAGGGCAUUGAGACCCAUGUGGCCCAGGGCCAGGGAAAGGGCAGCUGCUCAUGGUCGUUCCUCAGGCGUUUUCAUGGAGCUGAGGGACCCCCCCGCACCCCAGUCAAGCCCAGGAAGCCCACAGGAGCUUCAGCAGGAGGGCGGGGCCCCUGCUGCACUUGCUCACUGGGGGGCUGGGGAGGCUCUGAUUGCAGACCAGCGGUGCUGCCACCUCUGUCUGCUGCCAGAAAGCCACAAGCCAUGAAAACUGAUUGAGAUGAGAACUCAUCUGGGACUGGCAUUUGCUUUAGGAUGGUGUUGGAAGCAGCUGGUUGACUCUAGAAGUCUGCUCCACUGUAAGGCUGCCAGGAUUUGAAGAGCUAUGGUGCAACACCACUGAAGCAUUGCCAAGGAUGGGGAUGGUGAGCAGCAAAAGGCAGGUCAAUGAGAAGGACAAGGGCCAAUGGAGCCCCCUGAAGGCCAGCACCCAGGACAAGGCCCCCCCACCACUGCCACCCCUGGUUGUCUUUAACCACCUUACUCCUCCACCGCCCGAGGAACACCUGGACGAAGAUGAGCAUUUCGCGGUAGCCCUCUAUGACUACGCCGCCGUGAAUGACCGGGACCUGCAGAUGCUGAAGGGGGAGAAGCUACAGGUCCUGAAGGGAACUGGAGCCUGGUGGCUGGCCAAGUCACUCGUCACAGGAAGAGAAGGCUAUGUGCCCAGCAACUUUGUGGCCCGAGUGGAGAGCCUGGAAGUGGAGAGGUGGUUCUUUAGAUCGCUGAGCCGGAAGGAGGCUGAGAGGCAGCUUCUGGCUCCAGUCAACAAGGCCGGCUCCUUUCUCAUCAGAGAGAGUGAAACCAACAAAGGUGCCUUCUCCCUGUCUGUGAAGGACGUCACUGCCCAGGGGGAGCUGAUCAAGCACUAUAAGAUCCGCUCCCUGGAUGAGGGGGGCUACUACAUCUCCCCCCGGAUCACCUUCCCCUCACUGCAGGCCCUGGUGCAGCACUAUUCUAAGAAGGGGGAUGGUCUCUGCCAGAGGCUGACCCUGCCCUGUGUGGGCCUGGCCCCACAAAACCCCUGGGCCCAGGAUGAAUGGGAAAUCCCCCGGCAGUCUCUCAAGCUGGUCAGGAAACUCGGGUCUGGACAAUUUGGCGACGUCUGGAUGGGUUACUACAAAAAGAACAUAAAGGUGGCCAUCAAGACGCUGAAGGAGGGAGCCAUGAGUCCGGAAGCCUUCCUGGGCGAGGCCAACGUGAUGAAGACCCUGCAGCACAAGCGGCUGGUCCGGCUCUAUGCCGUGGUCACCAAGGAGCCCAUCUACAUUGUCACCGAGUACAUGGCCAGAGGGUGCCUGCUGGAUUUCUUGAAGACGGAUGAAGGGAGCAGAUUGUCACUCCCAAGGCUGAUCGACAUGUCGGCCCAGAUUGCUGAAGGGAUGGCGUACAUCGAGCGCAUGAAUUCCAUCCACCGCGACCUGCGGGCGGCUAACAUCCUGGUGUCUGAGACCUUGUGCUGCAAGAUUGCUGAUUUUGGCUUGGCUCGGAUCAUCGACAGUGAAUACAUGGCCCAGGAGGGGGCCAAGUUCCCCAUCAAGUGGACUGCCCCAGAAGCCAUCCACUUCGGGGUCUUCACCAUCAAAGCUGAUGUGUGGUCAUUUGGAGUCCUCCUGAUGGAAGUCGUCACUUACGGGCGGGUGCCAUACCCAGGGAUGAGCAACCCCGAGGUCAUCCGCAACCUGGAGCGCGGUUACCGCAUGCCGCGUCCCGACACCUGCCCGCCCGAGCUGUACCGCGGCGUCAUCGCCCAGUGCUGGCGCAGCCGGCCGGAGGAGCGGCCCACCUUCGAGUUCCUGCAUUCAAUGCUGGAGGACUUCUACACGGCCACCGAGCGGCAGUACGAACUUCAGCCCUAGGCAGCCCGCGCCUGCCGGCGCCCCCGUGCCCACCGCUGCGCGGACGACCUCCCAGCUCCCGUGCCAGCACCGACGGGCCGCGAAGGCACUGGGAAACCAGAGGGCAGAGGCAGCUUCUCGGGGGGUGCCCGGACGGACUCCUUCCCCAGCUGUGCGCCCUCAGGCGAGUUACGCGGCCUCUCUGUGCUGCCCCAUUUGUAAAGAGGGCCACAUCCGUGACCUGGCAUGGGCAUCCGGAGUACUAAGUUAGCCUCCUAAGGUGUUCGGGACUAGUAAGCGACUGGUAAGGCUCCAGUGUUGGGCCUUGACCGAGGAGUCGCCGCCGGUGGCCACGUCCAGGCCGCUGCGCCCUGGGGGGACCUCAGCCCUGCGCCGCUGCAGAAGCUGGAGUGGGUCCCCACCCUGCCACCCGACGCCAUCAGGGGUAGCCCCAGCCUAGGCUGCGCUCUGGCACUGCGGAGCUUUUCCAUAAUAAAGUCACGAGCGUUCGA